UGCAGGGUCGCCGCCUUAAACGUCGACCAUCCCUCUGCGUCCGCAGAUACUGCCCGGCCAACAUUGUUUCCCCCAGUCCAGCGAAACGUUGACUCGAAACGUUGAGGACUACAUUUCCCAGAGGCCUGUGCGGUCCAGCGGCCGAGCGCCCCCUAGCGGAAUGCAGGUGCGGCCAACUCGGAGCGGACACAGUGCAACAAAGUAGCAGCCACAACAAUCAUCAUUCCAGGGGGAGAUACGAAAGAUUCCCCAGGUGGAGAUCGCUCAACCCAACAGCAGUAAGACUACCUUCACUUUUGAAAAGUGCGUCUGUGGAUGAAAAUUAUGCUGCAAGUUCACAGAAGAAUUAUUCAAGUACUGUGAAGUUUUUCCAAUUGAUGUCGAACAAAGGUAUGGAGUGAUUUAUAGUGCUCGAAGCAGACUGAGCAACUAUUGGCAUUAGUCAAAGCUACGAACCUGAAGAGAUCACCUCAAUGCCAUGGCUUGCGACGUGAAGUUUGACAUAGAAAGUCUUGACGGUAUUCCAGAGCUCAAUGACUGUGGUCCUGCUUCUCCUGAUUCUUGCUUCUCUGAGAAUGUCAUGGAUAACUCCUUCACUCAUCUAAUCCCUGUGCAAAGUAAUCAAGAAUAUGAGCCGUCAGCCGUGAUUGAGUUGAAGGAAAUGUCCGAUGUGGGGAAAGAAAAUUCAGGGUUUUGCAGAUCAGUCUCUGAAGAAUGGCUCGAUGUUGACUUUUGUGAUUCAGCUACCAUGAAAGUCCUCUCCUCCAUGCCCAGCAGAACCAUAGGUCGGUCGAGGGGUGCAAUUAUCUCCGAAUAUUAUAAUCGCACAUUGAAAUUACGGCGAAAAAGAAAUCGGCCCUCAAUAAAAGACAUGCCUCGAUCAAUGAGACCAAGUAUAAGGGAUACAGUUGCUGUAGAUGGAAAUUAUGAAGAAGAACAGGAGAAGAAAAAGCUCUUAAAUGAACUGCGGCAGAUACCAGCAAGCGAUCGUGCCAAGAUGCUGAAGAGCAUGCCUCUGAAUCUGUCAAUGAAACGGGAUCUUAGACGUUUGGCGCCGCAGAGGUACAUCAGCGACAGUCCUCUUGAAAAGAAUGGCCUCUCCUGUUGGAGCCGUAUGAAAUACAGUCUGAUCAUUGCUAUCAGGCGGUGUUGGUAUGGGUUUCUCUCCUUCCUACACUCCUUGCAGUUGUGGCAGAUUGCCCAGAAGCAAAUUAGCGGUCGCUUUGGCAUGGGCGUGCUGUCCUACUUCAUCUUCCUCAAGAUGCUACUGAUGUUCAACGCUUUGCUCCUUGUCCUGAACCUUUGCUUUAUUGUCCUUCCUCAAGCCACUAACCCUCCUGAAACAGCAAAGGGAAACUUUGUCGGAUUGGAGCUCCUAUAUGGCACUGGUUAUUUCACAGACACCAUUCUGUUUCAAGGUUAUUAUACUAACAACACUUGGAACAUCUUCGGCAGUUCUGGAUACAAUGAUAGCUCUAUUAAUGUGCCAUAUAACAUGCCAAUUGCAUACCUCUACACUGUUGGAACUUCCUUUUUCAUCACCUGCAUCAUCCUGGUUCAUUGCUUGUCCAAAGCAUUUGGAGAGAGCUACCGAAUUGGCAGUGGCUACCAUGAUCUGGCAGUGAAAGUGUUUUGCUUUUGGGAUUUUAAAGUAACUCAGAAACAGUCUGUUGAGUUAAAUUAUGAGGACAUCACUACCCAACUAAAGCAGGAAUUUCUUACCGAGCCUAAUUGCCAGACAGAGCACUUAAGUGUUUAUCAGUGGUUUGCUAAUCUGUCUGUUCACUUUCUGGGCUGGCUGCUGUCCUUGGGGAGUGCCAUUGGUUGUGCUGUUGGGGUCUUUUUUUUCUCUGAGAAAGUGCUAAAGGAUUAUAUAGAAAAUAUCGAACAGGGAAUAUCUGCAAAGAAAGCAGAAAGAGGCUUGCUAGUAAUCCCUAUCCUUGUGUCGGCAAUCAAUUUUGUGAUGCCAUAUAUUUACAACUUAAUUGGAUUAUUGGAAAAAUAUGACUUCCCUCAGCAGCGAAUCUAUGUUUCUAUCACCAGAAAUCUGGUGUUAAAGAUGUCCAUUGUAGGAUCGCUUUGCUUUCAUUGGAUAAAAGGGAAUACCACAAGAAUGGCAGAAAUAUCAUGUUGGGAAACAUUUGUAGGACAAGAACUAUAUCGCUUGGUUGUGGUUGACUUUAUAUUUAUUAUCCUGGAAACAAUGUUUGGAGAAUUCGUCUGGAGGUUAGUCUGCAUUAAACUGCUGAAACGGAAAAGAAAACCCGAGUUUGACAUUGCCAGGAAUGUGUUGGAUUUAAUCUAUGGGCAGACACUCACAUGGGUGAGUCUGUUGUUUGCACCAUUGAUGCCUGCGAUUCAAAUAAUCAAAUUCGUUAUUGUUUUCUACAUUAAAAAGCUUAGUUUGAUGAUGAACUGUCAGCCUCCAUGCAAACUCUGGCGUGCAUCUCAUAUGAUGACUAUCUUUAUCAGUCUUCUGUGUUUCCCUUCCUUCCUCGGAGCCACCCUUGCUCAUCUCUAUUCUGUGUGGUGUGUAAAGCCAUCACAAAUAUGUGGACCAUUCCGGAUGCUAAGUAGCAUGUAUGAUUCUGCAAAGAAUUGGAUGAAUCAACUGCAGAACAAAGAUUCUAAAUUUAUCUGGUUUACAAUGAUUCACAAAUACGUGGUGGAAAACCCUUUCUUCUUCCUUUUUGCAUCAGGCAUCAUCCUCAUUGUGAUUUAUUUCCACUGGCAAGUUCUGGAUGGUCAAAAGAAGAUAAUUAAACUAUUAAAUGAACAAAUUAUGAAUGAGGGAGAUGACAAAAACUUUCUUAUCGGUAAACUUAAAGAUUUCAACAAAAAGAAAUAUAAACCUCAAGGAAAAGCAAAUACAAGAGCAAACUGAGAUUUUAUCCUCUAUAGAACAAGCCAUCUAUGAGGAAGGCGAUGCACAAUGUGGGGUUAAGUUUCAUCCUAUUGUCUGGAGUGCAACUUGGAGAAGCAAAUCACAUGUGCAACCAUAGACACUGGAAUGAAAACUGAUGCCCAAAGGGAUUCUGGUAUCUUAACCAAAAUGGUUCUUUACUUUCUCUCUUGGAUUUUAAAUCCGGAUUCCCGAGAAAAAAAUUGCGUGUUCUUCUGACACGUUACAUCUCACCAUUUAACAAACUUUGAUUUUUAAAAGCCAUUUACAGUUUCUUUUUAAAAGUAAAGAUAAUAGAAUUCUUCUGAGAAGAACACGAUCAGUAUUUGAUGACGAAGAUUCCUUGCUUUGAGAAUACAUUACAGCUUAUUUCUCUAAGCUUUGUACAGGGAGAAAUUUCAUCCUGAUGAUUACGAGAAGGGAAGAAGAAAUCAUCGCUGGUUAUGUAAUUAACACUGACAGUACAAGUACUCAAAACAGUUACUAACUGAUGAUGAGUUAUUAAUCGAUGUCUGGAAUUGCUCUUUUUGUCUAUUUAGUCAUCAGCACUUUACAUUGCAAAAUAUGGUUGUCCAUUAUCCAAAAACGGAACCAAUGCCACAACAACCAAUAGCACAGAUUCAUAUCAACCAUGUUGUAGUAGGUAUUACUGAUGUGUCUAUUUCAGUUCAUUGGAAUUUGGUUGAUAAAGAUCAGUCUCUCUUACCUACUUCUGGACAGUUCACCAGGAUUGAAGUUAUCUUAUUUAUACUGUCUAGUAUUGUGGUUUCUGACGUAACUCCGCUUCCUCUGAAGGGGCAGGAGAUGGUUGAAGGGGCAAGUGAGUUGGCAGUCUUGUAAGUUGGUAGGUUUCCUCCGCUCUUUACUUAGGGUCUGGCUCAGUCUUGAUGACAGCUGAAAAUGUGAAUCUAAGUAAAGUUCUAAAUUAAACAGAUUAAUUACAAUUAGUAGCUGUGCAGUGGCUUUGCACACAAGAAGUCAGGAUCCAGAGAGUUUCUCUGCAAGGAAUGGUCUGAAGCAUCAUCUAAUGUUGGUGACAAUGGGCAAAUGUGUGGCACCAUGUCCUACAUUUAUCUAAAUGUGACUUUCAGCUACAUUCUUUGGCUUGUAAAUUCACCUUUCAAACAAAAAUGUUGCUUUAAAAACAAAACCUUUUAUGUAGCACAAUGAAUUCAUUCAAAUUUCAGUUAGUCUAUUUCUAUUGCACACUUCAAAGUUACCAAGAAAAAGAAGGGCUGCAGUACACCAAGGGACUUUUCACAUUCAGUUUACAUAAUCUGGAGCAAAUUGUUCAUCUGUUUCCUUUAGAAUUCUGAAGUGAAAUAGGAACCUCUCUUUGUCAAAUGGUGAUCCAAAAAGACCGGGAGAGUUGAUAUGCCAUAUACCUCCACAGCAGUCUACAAACGUAACUAAUUGUCCAAGGCUGAUAAGACAGUGUUUGAAACAUUAUCCUUUAAAAUGUUCAUAUUGAAAACUAUUGUAACUCAUUAGUUUUGCACAUUUCAGGAUCAAACUAAUACUGUAACCCUUCCCCUGUAAUUAUCUACCAAACCUCAAGUUUAGGUGGACGAUUUAAAACUUACUGUUUACUUUCCUUCUGAGCCGAUGAGUGAUAACUUUAUUUAAACAUUCUGAAUUGAAUUGCCCCUCUUGCAAAUACUGCACCAUGGCGUACUUUGAAAGUGGGUUCAAUUUUCAGCAUGUUCAAUGACUUUGAAUACAGUAAAUUGCAAUUGGUCAUGGAAUUUGAGUGUAUGUACAGACUCUCAUUAUUUUAAACUCUGGUGACUUGCAUUUGUGCCUGCACCUAAUAGCCAAUUGCACCAGAUUCUAAGAGUCCUUUUAAAUCAUCUUAAUGCCUAGUUAUCUGGGGCUCUGCAGUAAUUGUACAGGACAUAAGUAUAUUCUGUCGAAUUUAACUACAUUUUUCUAUGUUUAUAUUUAUUUGUAAAAAGGGUAAACAAUAAAGUUUUGUUAAUGGAACUUUUGUUAGUGAAUUUUAAUAAUAAUAUUGUAUGUGCACCCCAAUAGCAAAUAUGGUUCAACACUGGCCAAAACAAACAUUUUUUGAGUGUCCACCAUGUAACACUGUAAUCAAGCCUCACUAUGCAUCUCUGAAAUGAACUCGGAGAUCAAUGCCACAUUAUUAAAAUGAACUGAACUCUUAAAAUGUACUGAAACCUUAAUAUUGCGGGUUGUCUCCUUUCUGAUAUUUAACGUGCCAUAAAUCCAAUAUUUGCAGGCAUA